CGAAUGGACUAUACGCAAGAAAACUGAUGAGAGAAUAAAUAGAAUCACUAAAAAAAAUAAUAGGCUAAAACGUAAACUUAAUGUAAGAGAUAAUGAUAAAGAGAUAUAUUCAUCUGAUGAAGGUAAUACAGAAAAUAACAAUGAUGAUAGCUUUGAAUCAAGGUCCAAAGCUGUUAAAAAUAGCACAAAGAAACUUUAUCUAGGUAAUAGUACGGGAUUAAAAGCAGGAGAUAUCUAUGCAAUAGGAGAGAUAAUUGAUGAGAUCGACCCAGUAAUGGGAUUAUAUGUUUUACGUGCACAGUAUACAAAUGCUAGACAUCCUAAUGGCACAUGGGUAAAGAUGACCAGUUUGAUAAAGGAUUACCCGACAGUUAAACAUAAUGAUGGUAAAGAGUAUUUACGAAUUAGAUUUACAGAUCAUAGUAAGCAAAGAUCUGUUAUUCAAGCUAUUCACCAGGAUAAAUUCAAGUCAUAUACAAUCUGCGAAGACUCACUUAAUGGUAAAUAUAGACAAUUUAUCACUCGUAGUCAAAUAUACACGAAUGGGAAAGAAGACUAUUUUCAUAUUUUAGGUUUCUUUAUACUUAAGGAUGAAACGCGUGUACUCUUAAUAGACGAACAUGAGAACUGCCUUAAAUAUAACAAAGAUGUUAUAUUUUUAGAUGAUGAAUUCUUUUGCAAUGAGAUAGUGCAUGCAUUUGAUCUGGAAACGACAUUUUUACAAAACUUCAAUCAUGAAAUUAAAAAAAAAGAUAUGAUUGGACGUGGUAGUACCCCAUUUGACCGUGCAUAUAUGAACGUUAGUAUUUUUACCCAAGGUAAUAAUCUUGUGCCACUGGGAGUGAUUUGUCUGCUCGAUACCGGAACCGAUACACCACUUCGAUAUGAAUCGGAAGAGAAAAUCAAGGAAAGAAUAUGGAAGAUG